AUUUAAAUAAAAAAUCAAAUUUUUAUCAGGAAUGGCAGCAAAUAAGUUCUGGAAAAAAAGUGAAUUAACAAAUUUGGAAUAAUAAGUUGGUGUUGCAUUGACCUAAAUCGAGCAAUCAGUCACAGAAGCCAAGAAUCUUAAGGUUUCAUCAGUUGUUGAUUAUACAGCAAAAAUCAAUGCUAAGAAGUAAGUUUAUUUAGUAUUCAUCCCCCAUCCAUGCUUAUCAAUCUACAAUAAAGUGAGCUCAAAAUUAUUACCAGAAUUAGAGAAGAGAUUGAAGGCAACAAUAUUGGUUGUUGCAAAGAGAACAAUUGAAAGCAAGUGGGUUAAAAGUCACAGAUCUCAAACAAGACCAAAUUCAAGAACACUCACAUCUGUCUAUGAUGGACUUCUUGAUGAUCUUGUUGCACCAUCUACCAUCUUGGGAAGAAGAACAAGAGUUAGAGUCGAUGGCACUAAAUUCUAUAGAAUCUUUUUGGAUGAAUAAGAUAAAAAUGAAGUCGAACCAAGACUCGAUGCAAUCAAAGCUGUCUAUAAAUUAUUAACAACAAGAGAAUUAGAAUUUGAAUUCAGAAGAGACGAUGUCUUCUACUCAAAAAGAGGUGGAGCCAAGAAAGCAACAAAAAAAUGAUGAGCAUUAAUAUUUUAGUACAAUAUAAUAAAUACACCAAAUAAAACAUUAAUUUUA